AUGUGCGAUAGUGACGAGGAUUUGGUAAUUCGUGGAGUCCACAUCGAGCCACCACAUCUUGUGAAGAAGAGAAGCAUAGACCAACCCUUGAGGAUCAGCAUUGUUUACGAUCAUUCUGUAUAUAGGCUACAGCAAGAGAAAUUUGAAAUGAUUAAUAAAACAAUACUACCGGAAGCCGUCAAGUUCUGGGAGCAAGCGUUAAAAGUGAGGAAAACAGGAGGACCAAUUAAACUUAAUAGAAAAUGCCCAACAAGACAAGUCUUCAUCAGAGCUGGAAGGUCGCAUUGUAUCGACGCCUGCAGUAGGGAGACCAUGUGCGGAGAAGUGAAAGUUCCAGAAGACCACCUCAAUGAAUGUUAUGUGUGCAAUAGCACGGGACACAACUGUAGUGUUCCAGUGUCAAAAUCCGAAGCCAUUGGAGUAGAGAACGCUGAUUUUGUCCUUUACGUGAGUGCCGUGGAGACAGAACGCUGUCGAAGAGGCCUCACCGUCGCCUACGCGUCACAUUGUCAGCAGGAGUCAGCGCUGGACAGACCGGUAGCAGGCCACGCCAACUUCUGUCCCGGCGAGCUGUCAACUAAGUACCGUGACAUGCCGUCGGUGCUGUCAACUGUCAAACAUGAGAUGUUACAUGCUCUAGGUUUCAGUGUGUCACUGUUUGGAUUCUACAGAGACGACAACGGAGAGCCUCUUACGGAGAGGCGACAGGACACUGGCAACCCACCGUUAGAUGACGAGUUGCAGAUUCACAAAUGGUCGGAGCGAGUUGUGAAGAAUAUAACGCGACCGAAAUGGAUGAUUCGUGGAGGGUACAUGGAGAGGACAUUCCACAUGAUUGUCACUCCCAGGGUUGUUCGAGAGGUCCGAGAUCAUUUCAACUGUUCAACACUGGAGGGUGCUGAACUGGAAGACCAAGGUGGCGAUGGGACAGCGCUGACGCACUGGGAAAAGCGAUUGUUUGAGAACGAAGCCAUGACGGGAACCCACACCCAGAACUCCGUGUUCAGCCGAAUAACCUUCGCAAUGUUAGAAGACACGGGUUGGUACCGAGCAGACUACACCCACGCAGCUCCACUCCACUGGGGAAAGAACCUGGGCUGUGCCUUCGCCACUACAUCCUGCAAGCAAUGGCUGAAUGCGCAAAGGUUCAGGCGGCGGAACCCAGCGCCAUUUUGUGAGCGUAUCAAAGGUGAUCCCCUGCGCACCGAGUGUUCCCCUCACCGGACUGCUGUUGUUCUCUGUAACCUCGUGAGACAUGACAAUGUACUACCAAGAAAAUAUCAGCAUUUUGAUACUCUGCCCAACGUACCGGCGGGAGAUGAGAGCCACUACGGUGGAUCAGUAUCCUUGGCCGACUACUGCCCUUAUCUGCAGGAGUUCACGUGGAAACACAAGAGUGUAUUAGUCCGCGGGAGCAGGUGUUCAUACGAAGAAAAUACCCCCAAAAGCGACAUCAACUUCGCGCUUGAGAAUUAUGGCAACCAUUCCAAAUGUUUUGACCAUAGCGAACGUGUAUGGGAACAGAAGUCAUGCAGACAGAUAAGAGAGUGGCAACACUGGGGUUCGGGUUGCUACAAAUAUAAGUGUGAAAGUGGAAGGCUUCAUAUUAUAGUUGGCAACUAUUCGUACACGUGCUACUUUGCGGGCCAAGUGUUGCAAGUUCGAAUAAUUCAGAAGGGAUGGCUGCAUAAGGGAGGUGUCGUCUGCCCGCCGUGUCGAGAACUAUGCGGCGAUGAGUUUGCUUCGCGCAAAGAGUACUGCAAAGGUGGUGAAGAGGCGCCCCCGCCGAAUUUAUACCCGAAUGAUGUUUUAGUCUGUAGCGCUUCAGCUGUCAAGACAUCAGCUGUCAUUAUAUUAGUGACAGGAUUAGUGUACGCGCUGUCAAACGUUUUGACAGUUUAGUCAUAUUUAUAGUAGUGUUAAAAGUGGACGUAAGUCUAGAAAAACGUUCCAGACCAAAUCAUGUCGAAAUUGAGUUAAGAACACAAAACUGGUCACGUGAUUCAUGUUAACGGACUGAAAAAAAUGGCCGCCCUCGUGUCACAUUUUAAAUGACAUCAUGACUUACGGCCGUUCCCAAUAUUCAAUCUAUCUUUUACCGGAGAUAAAAAUAGUAACUAUUGUUGACUUUUCUGGCCCAAUAAACUUACCUUAUCGACGGUAACGGAUAAGGUGUAUCCGUACACGCAGUCUGUCAAUGGGAGGACUUAUAACUGACCAGCGAUAGAAGUUUGUAUGGAAAUUGAAAUUCACGCGUCGCAAUAUGAGGCGAUAAGAAUGACUUAUCGGGUAUAUUGGGACAGCUUCAGAUUGUUGACAGCUAAUUACUGACAGUAGAAGGUAGUAAUUUAUCUCUAACUGUAGAUAGUAUAUUGGGAACCGCCGUUAGUAGCCCAACAUGUAUGGAAUACACUAAUGUUAAUUAAACUUUAAACACGAAUUCCUUAAAAUGUGAUGGUUGUGGCUUGAAACGGUUUCAGGUACUUCGUCCAAGUAUGAACCAGAGGUUAAUUGAAUUAUUUCUGUGUAUUAAGUGUUCGUUAGGGUGGCGCUAGUGUACGUUGAAAGUAUUGACCUACAAUAAAAAACAAGAUUCACAAUCGCCUAUUAAAAGGUCGUCAAAAAUAAUUCGAGCGGCGUUGUAACAAAUACAGAUAACAUUAAAAUAUUCAUUCGAAUUAAUACCUUAUUUCGUGGCAGUAAUGUUCAAAGCAUAUUGUAUACGCUCAUUGGAAGCUUGGACGCGAACACGAUGCAAGAACAUUUUGUUUUAACAAUUGAAAUGUAAUCAUUCAGUAAAAUGAAACCCGAAAUACAACACUAUAUCCUCUAAAAGUUUGGAUAUGCUGUUAUUUGGACAGUUUUUCACUGAACACUUUGUCAUUGCGCGGCGUUGUAUUCAAAGCGCGGUCGCAACAACUGAAGGAAAAUCGUCGUAAUAGAGUUUUAUUUCAGACAAUUUUUGAGCGUGAUUAUGAGUCUUGCUGUUUAUUGUACAUCAAUUUAAGAGGUAUUAAUUAAGGGCGGCUACAGUAGCAGGUAAAUUAUAAAAAGAGCCCCAAGUUUUAAAUUAUAUUUAUUUAUUAUAUAUCGCCACGUUAAACAAAAACUUAUGUAUUGGUCUGUUUACAGUUUUACCGACGCAGACAUAGAAUAUAUACUAGUGUAUAUACGACCCGACAGGCCGACAAUUUAUGACCAAUUUAGAUUUGUCAUUUAUAUCGUUAGUUAGUUUAAUAUUUAAAAUAAUUAAGAGGUAAUUCCAAGCGUGGCUGACCGUUUCCGACUUGUCAAUCAAAACUGGUUACAGUAAACAGUUUUUAUAUCUUGCAGUAUCUUCAUUAGAGAUGUUCUUAAUUAGAGAUUCGACAGGAUGUUCAAACCAAGUCGUCAUAAUUGAGUGGGAGGCUCCUUUGCACAGGAAGCCGGUUAACAGAUUAUGGGUGCCACAGCGGCGCCUAUUUUUGCGGUGAAGCAGUAAUGUGUAAACAUCAUGUUUCGGUCUGAAGGGCGCCGUAGCUAGUGAAAUUACAGGGCAAAUGAGACUGAACAUCUUAUGUCUCAAGGUGACGAGCGCAGGUGUAGUGCCGCUCAGAAUUUUUGCGUUUCUCAAGAAUCCUGAAAAGCCCGGCACAGCAUUGUAAUGGAUAGGGCGUAUCAAUUACCAUCAGCUGAACAUCCUGCUCGUCUCGUCCCUUAUUUUUAUAAAAAAAAAUGAGUCAUGUGUACUGGAUAGUUCUUUGAAUUAUUGUUUUUUUAUUUCUGCUAAUGUAACAAAAGUUUUUAGUUGCAAUCAUCUUUAUUUUUAUAAGUGUUUGUAAACUAAUUGAUAGUUUUCUUCUCUGUCGUCUCGAUUUUUCGUUUCAUCGAGUUUAAAAUCACAACGAUUCCUUAGAAGUUUUAUUUCAAAAAUAUAUCUUAUAGGCAACGAAUUCCCUUUUUAAGUGAUACAUCUUAUUUCUUAACGUGCAGAGCAGUUGUCAGUAAAGUUCUAUAUUUUCCUUUAUAGUUAUGUCAUGAUUUUGGUUGACUUUUGCAUACCUAUUUUAUAUAAAUGAUUUGAGUUUUCUUUAGUGUUAAUUCGCCAAUAUUUGUCUUUAAACAAUUCGGCGGAAAAGUCUGGCAGAUUUUGGCGAGACAACACGUCCUGAGGAUGCCUCGUGUAGAGGCGAAACACGUGUCGAAUUGUUUAAAGACAAAUAUUGGCGGAAUUAACACGAAAGAAAACUCAAAUCAUUUAUAUAAUUAUGGAUUUCCGCAAAGUAACGCCUACUUCAAUAUUAAAAAUACUUAUUUUUUUUAAUACAAUAAAGUUUAUUAAAUGGGGGUAAUAAUAGUAUAAUAGAGAAUAGGGACAUUUGAUUUUUAAUAUCCUUUAAGUAAAAAUAGAGUUUAUCAAUGAAUAAAAAGUUCUGUCAUUAGGAAUUUGAAAGUUAUAAUAUUAUAUUUAAAUUGAAUCUUCGUAAUAAAUGAUUACAUGCUGUAUAAUUUAUGAGGAGACUUUAUCUCUCUUCAUGACCAAUUAAAUCUUAGUAUUAUUGUAAAUACACGCUUUAUGUUAAUUAUUCUGUCAUACAGGGUGACCAAAAAGGAAAUCAAAUUAAUAUGUAUAUUUAAAUUAUUUAACAUUAUUUUGCGUGAUUUUUAUGUUAAGAAUUCGAGUGUAGAAAUUUUUAGUAAAUAUAAAUUUGGUUAAUUUUUCAUCAAUAAAACUUUAAUUAGUCACUUAAUGGAGAAAAUUACUAAAAUAAGUUAGUAUCUUUAAUAUAUUUAUAACUUUGUUUUGUACAAUAAUUGCAAUAGAAUAUUCAGUUUAAUAUAUAUGAUUCCUGCGGGCUUACCAUGAACUGUUAUUGCGAUUCAAUUGAAGACCUAAAAUGAACUGCUUUGCUAUUUCAUACCACGACGUCAUAAGAGCGAAACGCAGCGCCUAUGGUUCGAGUAAGAGAGACAGACUUAUGCAACGACUGUACAGCGUCAUCUCUUUCUCACACCGUCGACCACAGACAAAUUUCUUUCGUUCAUUCAUAAGCGAUUCAAACGCCGUUCAGUUAUAGGCAUAUCAUGGUACGAAUCUUAGCGAUUCAGUUUAGGUACCUAAACUGAACUGCAUCGGAAUUGAAUCGCCAAUUUAAAGUUCAUGGUAGGCCUUCUGUUGUUCUUAUUUCAUAUACAGUAUGAAUGGUAACGAUAGUCACGGAGAGUACUCGCUACUGAUUUUCUAAUAAAUGAGAGCCGGUCUUUUUCUUCGCUUAUACCGUGAAAACUGCUAAACCGAUCGGAAUAAUACUUAUACCAUAAGAAGCAGCGUGUUCUGGAGGUUUUAGUAUAUGUUUGUUGGUGAUUUAUUAUGCGGAAUCUAUAUUUUUUUUUACGUCGAAAUACCUGUAUGAUGACAAUUCAUUGAAAUUUCAUACAGUGUACUUUAUUUAUAUAUGAAAACAAUAUUUAUGAACGAUGCGGGACUCGAACCCGCAACCUCUCGUGUUCCGUGCGAGCGCUCUUUCCACUGAGCCAUUCGUUCGAGUGACGUAUCGUUGAUAAAUCUUGUUUGUCUUGUUCAUCUAAAGGAUCUACUUUACAGUUGAUAAUCUGCUCAACCCCAGUAUCCGCAUAUUAGGAAAUUGACUUGAGAUGUCGCUCUUUAAAAUCUAAACAAUAUGUUAUUUUUUUAAAGUGAUAACCUUAACUUCUGGGAUUAAUAACACAAAUUAAAUUAGGAAAACAAAAUUUAUGAGCGGAUGGAGCGCUCGCACAGAACGUGAGAGGUCGCGGGUUCGAGUCCCGCAUCGUUCAUAAAUAUUGUUAUCAAUUUUAAUUUGUGUUUUUGUAAAUACUUUAAAAAAAUAACAAAUUGUUUUGACGAUUAUUCGUUCAAAAACAUAUAACCGCUACACAGAUGUUAAAUAUUUUUUUUAUUACAUUCAUCUAUAUAUAUUAAAUUCUCAUGUCGCGGUGUUUGUAGUUAAACUCCUUCGAAACGGCUUGACCGAUUCUCAUGAAAUUUUGAGUGCAUAUUGGGUAGGUCUGAGAAUAGGACAACAUCUAUUUUUCAUCCCCCUAAAUGUUAAGGGUGGUCCACGCCAAAAUUUUUGAAAUUUUUUUAAAUUUGUUUGAUCAUGAGUCAGCAUUAAAAAAUACAUUCAAGUUUUCCAUCUACCCAUCUACGAUCAACAGUUACUUUUGUAUCGCGAUUUUAAUAUCGUCAAUACAACGUUUGCUGGGUCAGCUAGUAAUAUAUGUAUUUCUUUUUGGUCAUCUUUAUGGAAUUAUUAGUGUAAGAACCGCCAUAUACAUAUAUAUACACUGGCCUGCAAAAGUAAGUAUCACACUUUUCAAAUUUUUUUUUUGUUAACUAUAGAAGGUAGAGAUUUCAGAUUAAAACCGUUUAGUGCAAAUUUUAUAGGCUUUAAUUCUUAGAAACUAAAAUUAUACAUUAGUAACAUUUUUAAUUUAAAAAAGAUAAAACAAUGAAAAUAGACAUUUUUAGUUUAGUGUAAAAAAAUUCAACUAAAAUGUAUUACAUGUAUUGCCUCCUCGAGCUCUGAUUACAGCUUCGAGCCGGUUUGGCAUACUGAACACUAGGUUUCGGAGCCGAUGUUGGGGAAUAUUCUCCGAUUCUUCUACGAGGGCCUGCUUUAGUGCCCUGAGGGUAGUAAGGUGGUGGUCUGCGAUUUCUGACUAGCCUCCCAAGCUCAUCCCAGGCGUGUUCAAUCGGAUUGAGAUCAGGACUUCUUGAUGGCCAAGCCAUCACGCUGAUACCGACCUCCUGAAUAUACUCUUGUACGAUAUGAGCCGUGUGUGGCCGGGCAUUAUCAUGCAUCAGCAUCGAUCCAUCACCCAUAUUUGCUAAAUACGGCCCUGCAUACUCAUUGAGAAUGUCAUGAGCAUAUCUUUGCUCAGUGAGGGUGCCAUUUUCUAUGGCUACUAGCUCUGUGCGACCUUCUGAAGAUAUGCCAGCCCAUACAUGUACACUGCCCCCACCGUAUUGGACUCUUUCUGAGAUGCAGGCUUGAAGGUAUCGCUCACCAGGUCGCCUGUAAACACUUCACCUUCCAUCAGAAGUGUAAAGGGAGAAUCGAGACUCAUCUGCAAACAAAAUUCUUGACCAUUCUUCUUUAUCCCACUGCAUGUGUUCACGGGCGUAUCGUAGUCUCGCUACUCGAUGCUGUCUCUCGCGUUUUGGGCCACUCGCUGUUCUUCGGGGUUUCAAAUUAGCUUCAGCAAGUCUUCUUCUCACUGUACUGUCACUAAUGUAGUCCCUCCGGGUCUGAAGUAGCUGUUGCUGGACUUCAACUGCAUUUUGGUGGCGAUUUCUUAACACAGUGGAAAUAAUAUAACGAUCUUCUCGGGCACUGGUACACCUGGAUCUGCCAUUACAAGGUCUCCUCAGAUGGUGUCCAGUCUCUUCGUACCUUCGGUUUACCUUCUGGACCGUUCGUACCGUCACACCCACCAUUCUUGCAGUGCGACGCAUACUGAUGCCUAGUUAUAGAAAAGCCAUGAUCCUAGCACAUUCUUCAACUGAAAGAGGCAUGAUAAAUAAAUGUUAUGUGCUUUUUAGCAUAAAUUUUUAAAACAAGACCCAUCGAUCUUGAAAAAAAUUUAAAACAGAAAGAAAAAUGUGAAUCGUAAAAUAGUAAUUCGGAAACGUCCACUUUGAAAAAGGAAUGGUUUUGUUUUUGAAGCCAAUUCUUAAAAGAAGGUUACCGACUAUAAAGUUUUUAUGUACAAAAUUAAAUUCUCUUUGGAGUCCUUUUUAUUUCGAAAGUAUAUCUUGUAAACUUAAAACGUUAUCCCAAUUUUAAAAGUGUGAUACUUAAUUUUGAAGGCCAGUGUAUAUAUAUAUAUCUCUUAUAAUAAUACUUUGUAAAUACUAUUUAAGACGCAUACUUUUCAAAUUUAAUUAGUUUAGUCUUAGAUCAUUUACGGCCGUUCCCAAUAUUCAGACUGUCAAGAGAAGAACUAAGAACUCGAGAUAAAAAUCGUAACUAUCGUCGACAUUUCUGUCCCAAUAAACUUAUCUACGGUAACUAACCUUAUCCGUACACGCUGUCUGUCAAUGGGAGGACGUAUAGCUUACCAGCGAUAGAAGUUUGUAUGGAAAUUUCAAUUCACGCGUCCUAAUAUAAGGCGAUAAGAAAGACUUAUCGGGUAUAUUGGGACAGCUGCAGAUUAUUGACAGCUAAUUACUGACAGUAGAAGAUAGUUAUUUAUCUCUAUCUGUAGAUAGUAUAUUGGGAACGGCUGUUAUACGUCUAGAUAUUGUUAUGGCAACGCAUGAUAACAGGCCAGAUUUAUAACUUUACUGUGCGUGACUGCGUCUGUGCGUCUUAUGCUCACGAUACUACACUCACUUAGUUUAAAUGUGCGUGCGUUGCUGAAAAUAGAGGCUAACAGUUUGCCGCUAUUUUUUUCGAUGCGUUCCUAACUUUUGAGUAUAUCUAGACGUAUAAAUUAUCUUAGUAUUUAGUAUAAAAGAUUCACAUCGAGACGAGUAUGAUUUCACAGGGUUUUUUAUUAUUUAUAUUUCGCUGACAUAGAAUAAGGCAUUGAGGUGUAACUCGUAAAUUGCUUAGAUGAUUAAUAUGUCUAGAUAGAGUCUCUUGCUAUUAGAUAACCGACAAAAACAGGCCAGGAAUAUUAGUUUCGUGAAUUGCUCAAAAUAGAGGGUAGUUCUAAACUCAAUUUUUUCGACGUUAUCACAAGUGUCAUAGUCUAUCUAGACGUAUAAAUGAUCUAAAUUGUUAAAAAUAGGCAUAAACAUUGAGUGGAAUACAUCGUUACCUUAAAAUUACGGAAAAAAAUCUCAUAUCGGUCACCUACCAUUAAUGAACUCUUAUCUGAGAAAAAAAAACAAAAAAAAUAUCAGUGCUAAUGUAAUUAAUUUAUCCUUAAAUGUUUUUCCGCGAUCAAAAGUCAAAAUUUCACUUCUCAAAUAAAGGAGUUUCAAAGAAAAUACGUUUUGAUAACUAAUCAAAUCAAUUUAAGAACCAUUGAAAAGUAAAUUAUCAUUGCCCUAUCUAUAGGGGUGCUGUAAUUAGUGUUUUAAAUUUGAAGUAUCGAUCACUUUGACUUUGAAAGGUAGAAUGUCAUUCGCUUUAUAUGUUUGACGUUUGCGAAAUGGAACACUAUAUGCUGGAAUAAAAUUGGGAAAUAUUAAAAACCUACUUCCAAAGUAGUGAGUCUUUUAACUGUAAGGAAUUUAACGUAUAAUUUUAAAAUUAAGGAAGCAUCGUACAAGUACAAGUUUGUAUUAAUUAUUAACUUAAGUUUAUACGAUGUUUCUAAAAAAAAUAUUGAGGCGCUAAGAUAUGGGACUCAAAAGAAAUAAAUUAAUAUAAUUUAUUAAAAAAUAAGUCAUCUUGCACUAACGUUUUGCGCACUUGACAUCUACAUUUUUUUGACAUGACAGUCAUUUUUAUAUGGAUGUUCUGACACCAUCAAACUAUCUAUAACUACUCAAAUCAGUAAUUCACGAUUAGAUUCAAUAAGAUUAUUAUAGAUUUUUGAUACUAAAAUCAGUAGGUAGUAUCUUUAUAAGUUUCGAUACGUUCUUGAAAAAGGAAAUGAAUUGUGAAUCCUCAAUUAUUAGCUGCUGGCCAACCCUCCACAUAAAUUAUCUUUUAUCUGACAGUAAUUAGGCAUUGUCAUAAGAUACAAAUUAUUGAUUGAACAAUAGACACAUAUUGAUUUAUAAUUUUAGGUUAUAUUUUACUUUUAGGUAUAACUUUUUUCUCCAACUUUUUUAGAAUUACUUACGAUUUGAUUUUUUCUUAGUUUUGUUACGUUAUAUAAUUCUUAAUAAGUUUCCAUGAUGUACGCCAUUUCUUUCACUGGGUCUCAAAAUACAUGUAUUGUCGCCAUCCUCCUUUUCGAGAAAUGAUCAUCAAUUCAGUUUGUGAGGUUAAAAGUUGCGUUAAAGACUGACUACUUUGGAAGUAAGUUUUAAUUGUUACCCAAUUUUGUUCGAGUAUAUAGCGUCCCAUUCUGCAAAAGUCAAAUUAGCAACUAACUUCCUGUCAGACUUGUUAAAGUGAAACUUUUAUUACAUCGUCUCGAACUUUUUCGUCUGUGUGUUGCAUGUCGCGUGACGGUCGGGCGGUGCCUAUAGUUCGCAUAUUGGAUGCAAUUACGUUCGGGUGGAAGAGUAGGUUCGAACCCCACACACUUGAUAAAGUUUUUUUUAUUUUAUGAAAAUGUAAAGCAUAAUAUAUAAAUUUGUUUUUUUUCUAUGCUGAUAUUAAUACCUAUGUUAUUUUGUGAAAAAAAGUUUCACUUGCAUCGUGGUUUCAUAAAACCACACAAUUUCUUUUUUUAAUAAUUAUUUUGUGUACGCCACAGCAUGCGGCCAAGGAAUGGAGAACUAUUAUUGUGAUUCGUAACAUCUUAUAUCUUAUACCCAUGACUACAAAUGAAUGAUGAAACGAAAUAAAAAGUGGAUGUCAUUCUUCCUUUCAAAGUUAAAGUGGAAAAAGUGGAUGGCCCACCUUAUAGAUACGGCAAUGGUGAUUUACUCUUAUAUGGUUCUUAAAUUGAUUUGUUUUGUUAUUAACACGUAUUUUCUUUGAAACUCCUUUAUUUGAGAAGAGAAAUUUUGACUUUUGACCGCGAAAAAUUAUUUAAUUACUUAAAAAAAAGAAUUCGUUCUUUCUAAGUCAAAGAUGGCCCAUCCUAUAUAUUAUUUUAAUAUCAGUGGUUAAGGUUCUUUAUUUAUUGCAAUACAUAUUUUAUUAAAUAUAACGCCAUUACAUUUUAGAUUCGCCGUCCCUUUCUUUAAUAAUAUAUAGGCUGUUGUGCUUAUGUUUAAUUUCAUUGUGACUUAAAUUUUCAUUUGUAUUACUUAAAUAAGGUGCUUUUUUCGGUAAAUUUUAACUUUGAUUUUUGAUGAACAUGAAAUGGUAAAAAAAAUUUAAACCCGUAUCGUUUUAUUUUGAUAUUGAUAACUUAAAACUCUUAGUAGCUACAUGUGUGUUGUAAAAGUCAUAUUUGAGUAUUUUCUUUUAUAAAAUUAUUUAGUUAUACAUUAAUUAAUUCAAUAUAUUUAAUUAUAAAUAUGUUUAUUUAAUAAGUGAAAUUUAUAUUUAUAAGGUAUUUACUAAAUUUUUAAAUCAUAUGAAUUUUAAUAUAAUGUAAUGUAGCAAAUUUUCUAACACUCUGUAUAUUUGCAUCGUACUGAAUGUAGUUAAUGGUGCUUAAAGUCGCUUUAAAUAAUAGUCCAUUCCUAUUUAUUGAUUUAUAAUAAGAAUACUUUACAAUUUUAUGUGAAAGUAUUAAUUAUCCGAUUACAUUAUCACUGGACCUACCUGGACGAUGACGUCACAUCAUCGCUUUGGUACGGUGUGCAAAACAAGCAUCAGUAAGAUAUUAUUAUUAAUAAAUAAAUUAACUAUGAUUUAUUUUAUCAGUAUUAUAGAUUGAUGUAAAGGUGUUGUGUUGUGGCGCUGAUUAUUAUUAUUAUUAUAAUGAUAAAUAAUCAAUGAUAGAAUUUGGGUUAAGUAAAAAAGGUGUUUAUUUUUCUGGCUGUACUUAUAGCGACAAAAAACAAAACGUAACAAUGAAAACAUUAAAAACAAGCAGCGAUAGCACGAAAAUAUCAAGUACCUAACGGUAAUGAAUCUGCACACCGUACUGACACAACAGGACGAGCGCGAGGGGGUGAAAGCGGAACGGGUGGGGGCUUCACGUUCUAGCGAGGUCCGGAGAUAAUGUAUACUGAUAAAAUUAUGUUUUUUUUUAUAGUUGGAACAAUGUUAUAAAUAGUUGAAAUGAAAUUUGGAAAAAAAAAUUUUAUGAGCGAUGCGGGACUCAAACCCACGACCUCUCGCGUUCCGUGCGAGUGCCCUCCCAACUGAGCCAACCGUUCGAGUGACGUAUCGUCAUAAAAUCUUUAAAAAACGGACGCAGCUCUAUAACAAAUAUUAUUCAUCUGAAUAAUUCGUAAUUUAUACUUUUUAAUUACUUUUUAGUUUUUUUUAGUUUUAUUAUUAAUUUUGUUUUUUUUUUACCUUUGUUAUAUAAAUAUGUCCAUAUCAUUAUUUUGUUUUAUAAAAAAAAAUAUUUGCAAUAUUAGUUUUAUUUAAGGAUCACACAGAUUUUAUAAAUAAUUAACUUGUUCCAAAAUCUUUUUGUAAGAUUGAACUAUUGACGCUUGUUUUAUAUAUUAAAUUAGAGGAAAUAAAUAUAAGUUUGUUCGUUUUAUUUGAAUAUUUUUUUAAAAAUAAUGUCAAAUACUUUAAUAAUUUAUAUGUUUAUUUAUAAGUUUAUUAUUGUUUUUCAAAAUCUAAAUAAGAACCGUAGUUCUUUAUUCAUAUUUCCGACAAUAGUCGUAACUAUUGUCGUAUGAAUAGAUAUAUGUAUACAAGGUAUUUACCAGUGGGAGGCUCCUUUGCACAGCAAGUUGGCUAGAUUAUGGGUACCAUAACGGCGCCUAUUUCUACCGUGAAGCAGUAAUGUGUAAACAUUACUGUGUUUCGGUCUGAAGGGCGCCGUAGCUAGUGAAAUUACUGGGCAAAUGAGACUUAACAUCUUAUGUCUCAAGGUGACGAGCGCAAUUGUAGUGCCGCUCAGAAUUUUUGGGUUUUUCAAUAUUCCUGAGUAGCACUGCAUUGUAAUGGGUAGGGCGUAUCAAUUACCAGCUGAACGCCCUGUUCGUCUCGUCCCUUAUUUUCAUAAAAAAUACAUACAUCUAUUUAGUUAUUCGAAAACCCAUCAAUCGCAUACUAAUUGGCGUAGGUACUAUAAACAACGAGAAUCACAAUCACCUAUUAAAAGGUUGUCAAAAAAUGUCCGAGCGGCGUUGUAUACAUUAACCUAUACAGAUAACAUUAAAACAUUCAUUCAAAUUAACACCUUAUUUGUUAGCAGUAAAGUUCAUAAUUUUUUUCUAUUGUCUUUUUUUUGUUUUAGCAAUUGAAAUGUACUUAUUUAACAAAGUGACUAAAUAGUUCAAGUAAGCUACACAAUUUUGUUAAUUUAAAUUGGAACUUACUUAAAAUACGACACACCAUCGUUUUUAAGUUUAGAUAUGCUGUUAUUUGGACAGUUUAUCACUGAACACUAUCAUUGCUCGGCGUUGUAUUCAAAGCGCGGUCGCAACGCAACUCUUGAGCAUGAUUGUGAGUCUAGUUGUUUAUUGUACGUCAAUGGCGAGAAUCGAUGGUAAAUCUAAACGUUGUAAGUCAUUAAUAAUAUAAGCUAAUAUUAACUUAAAUAUUUUUUAAUAAGCUAGUCUCGCGGUGAAAUUAUUAAUCACACUCGAUUUCAUAAGAUUGUGCAUGUUAUCUUAGCAAAUUGCUCUAGUGUGAAAGUACCUUUAUAUACAGCGUGAAUUAUUUGUGUCUAUAAUAUUUAAGUACUUUGGUAAAUGUAAAUAACGUACUGAAAUAAAGUAUAUUUUAAAUACUUA